CUGUCCAGCAGGUGGCGGUGUUGCACCAGCGAGCUGAUAAUAAAGCAAACAGGAAGCGGAAAAGCUGCAGGCUGUUGUUCAGCCGCAGGAGAAUAAUGGCGGAUGAGGAAGAGGAGGCGGGCUUCGAGGAGGAGCUGGAUGAUGGCUCCGGCGGGAUGGACUCCUCCGGCCACGGCCGCAGGAAGAGGCUGUUCUCCAAGGAGCUGCGCUGCAUGAUGUACGGCUUCGGGGACGACCAGAACCCUUACACGGAGUCCGUGGACAUCCUGGAGGACCUGGUGAUCGAGUUCAUCACGGAAAUGACGCAUAAAGCCAUGUCCAUCGGGCGGCAGGGGCGCGUGCAGGUGGAGGACAUCGUUUUUCUGAUCCGCAAAGAUCCCCGGAAGUUCGCCCGCGUCAAAGACCUGCUCACCAUGAACGAGGAGCUGAAGAGGGCCAGGAAAGCUUUCGAUGAGGCCAAUUAUGGCUCCUGAUGGACGCACACCUGGAUGACGUCAUUGAUCCAUAUUAAUCAUUUCCUGUGAUUGCUGAAUAAAGUCUGACUGAUUAUUAGUCUCCAGCUAAUAGUUCAUCAACCGCCUCUAUUGAUGUAGUAAAAGGAGCUUUUU